UAAAUGGCAAACCACAACCAGACACUGGUAACCGAGUUUGUGCUGGAGGGGUUCUCAGAGCACCCUGGGCUGAGACUGUUCUUGCUUGGCUCCUUCCUGUCCCUCUACACUGUGGCACUCACAGGUAAUGUUGUGAUUAUUGCUUUGGUCAGCUUUACCAAAGGUCUUCAGAGCCCCAUGUACUUUUUUCUGUGCAACUUGGCUAGCAUGGAUAUCAUCUGCACCUCUUCUGUGCUACCCAAGGUUCUGGUUGGCCUGGCAUCUGCAGAAAACACUAUCUCCUUCCAAGGCUGUAUGGCCCAGCUCUUCUUCCUCAUUUGGUCUCUAUCAUCAGAGUUGCUGCUGCUCACAGUCAUGGCCUAUGACCGCUACGUGGCCAUCUGCUUUCCUCUGCACUACAGCUCCAGAAUGAGCCCUCACCUCUGUGUGGCCCUGGCCAUGGCUGUGUGGGGCAUCUGUGCCUUGAAUGCUUUGGUCCACACUGGUCUGAUGACACAGUUGUCAUUCUGUGGCCCCAGGGUGAUCACUCACUUUUUCUGUGAGAUCCCCCCUCUUCUGCUGCUGUCUUGCAGCCCCACACAUAUGAAUAGCAUCAUGACUCUCCUGGCUGAUGCCUUCUAUGGAUGCCUCAACUUCCUGCUCACCCUGCUCUCCUAUGGCUGCAUCGUGUCCAGUGUCUUGCAAAUGCGCUCAGCUGAAGGGAGACGGAAGGCCUUCUCCACCUGCUCCUCUCACCUCAUUGUGGUCUCGGUGUUCUACUCAUCUGUGUUCUGUUCCUAUAUCAGCCCUGCCUCUAGUUACAGCCCAGAGAGAAAUAAAGUGUCUGGAGUGCUGUACUCUACCUUGAGUCCUGCCCUGAACCCCCUCAUCUACACUCUCAGGAACCAAGAGGUGAGGCGUGCCCUGCGGAGACUCUUGCACUUCUCCAGAUGUCAGAUGUAG